AUGGCUGCUGCUGUUGAAAAUUCUGCAGUGGUAUUGGUUGCAGUUUCUCAGAAGUAUAAGAACAGUAAUAGUUGCAGAACAGAAGCUACAUAUGCAUAUACAAAGAAAAAGCCUAUCAUACCUCUCAUUGUCGAGUCAGACUACAUAGCUGAUGGUUGGUUAGGCGCUCUAAUCGGCACUUUCAAGUACUUCAAACUCACAUGUGAAUCCUCUGUUCAAAAUGAAUUUCGAAAUAUCCAGAAAGAAAUCAAAAAUAGAGGACUUUCAGAAGAUAAUGUUAAUCCUGCAUCUGAAACACAAUUGUUUUCGGGGAAGAAUGUGCCAAGCGAUGACGUGGACUGUCCGCACUCAAGUGUACUUGGUUGGACUGCAGAUGAUGUUGAGAAGUGGUUAAGAGACAACCUUAUGUCAGACUAUAACAGUUGUAUGAAAGAGGUGAACGGAGAAAUUCUUGUGCAGAUGGUUAAAUUGUCAAAGAAAACCCCUGAAUUCUUUUAUUCACAAUUGAAAAUGGACUUCGGGAUGAAUCUAGUCGAGAUAUUAAAAUUUGUAAAUGCUCUUGAAAAAUUGAAUAUAUGAUUUUUUUUAGAGUAUAGUUGAAACUUGGUGAGGCAUAUCUGUAAUGAAAAAAAAAGUAAUUUUAAUGUGUAACAAUGAUAAAAAUAGUAAUGUUUACGAUUGAUGAAGACGAUUGAAGCAACUCUCGAUCUG